GUCUGUGUUUUUCCUGCUGCUGUAAGCCAAAAUGGAAGCACAGCAGCUGAAACACUCUGCAGCCUCUUGCACAUCUACAUUUGGAACAGCCACAGUCAGCUGUUGGUAGAGAGCGUCGUUGGUGGAGUUGCAUCCCUGGUCUCCUCCUUCCUCUCCUCUCCCCUCCCUUCACUCAUCCGUCCAUCCGUCUACUCCCUCUCCUCUCCUCUCCUCUUCACACACGCACCGCGAUUUGCGCAUCGCCUCCUCCGGCAUAAUGACCAACGAUUCUCCGGAGGGGGAGAUCCGGGCUCCAGGCAGCGGAGGAGGAGGAGGACACGCACAAAGAAACCGCGCGGACGACAAUGUCACCAUCCUGACAUCCUCCAUGGAUUACCACAGAGCUAGCCGGAGCCGAGCCAGCAGCAGCGGCUACGAUGCCGCCGCGAGCCUUACAUCCUCAAUGGAGCUGAGCAUCCAGACGCGGAUCUUUAAGAUCAUCGUCAUCGGGGACUCCAACGUGGGCAAGACGUGCCUCACCUUCCGUUUCACUGGGGGGAGCUUCCCCGAUAAGACCGAGGCCACCAUCGGCGUGGAUUUCAGGGAGAAGGCAGUGGAGAUUGAAGGGGAGACCAUCAAGGUACAAGUAUGGGACACAGCGGGCCAGGAGCGCUUUCGCAAAUCCAUGGUGGAGCACUACUACCGCAAUGUCCACGCAGUGGUCUUUGUGUAUGACGUUACCAAGAUGGAUUCCUUUCGAAACCUGCAGACGUGGAUAGAGGAGUGCAAUGGCCAUCGGGUCUCAAAAUCAGUGCCUCGAGUCCUGGUGGGAAACAAAUGUGACCUUGUGGACCAAAUACAGGUGCCCUCCAAUACUGCACUGAAGUUUGCAGAUUCUCACAACAUGCUGCUGUUUGAGACAUCAGCCAAAGACCCAAGGGAGAGUCAGAAUGUCGACUCCAUCUUCAUGUCCCUCGCCUGCCGUCUGAAGGCCCAGAAAUCCCUGCUCUACAGAGAUGUGGAGAGAGAGGACGGAAAAGUGCGACUCACACAAGAGACUGAAACAAAGAGUAGUUGUCCUUGUUGAGGAAAUGGUGGAGUGGGAGGCAUAAUCGAAGGGAGGAGAAAAUACUAACUGUACAUGUCGAGGAGGAGGAGGACAGGGAUAAUGGGGGAGUCAGGCUAAAACAAGAGACUUCUUAAUUAAGUGCAACUUUUCUAUUUUAGAGAUCUUGGAUGGGUUGAGGUUGACAUUAAGAGCAAUGUGUUUUCAGAGAGAAGAGUGCAACAUGGAGGUGAGAGAUGACAGCAUGUGCAAGGGGGGGGGGGAUAUAUUGUUCUUGAGGAUGAGGACAGGGAGCAGAGAGGAUAAUAAUGAUUUAAAAGAGGAACGGGGAUUAGGAAGUGACAGAUUUACCAAUUCAGACUCCAGACAAUGCUGCCUUUUAGACUCCAAUGAAGAAAUACUUCAAUAGUUUUUUUCAAACAAUAGACACAAUCUGAGUGAAUAUACUUCCUCCAGGCCCAGUGCACAGGUAAUCACAACACUACAACAAACACAGGUUACUUGUGGAGCUGCCCUGCAAACCAGCCCUGGCUGGCCGGGUUUGUCACCAUUAGAUAACUUUUAUAUUACAUUCUGUCUGAUUCCUUUUCAUUUCCAUCCACAUACUAACUAGAAGCAGAAAUUCCAAACAUUUUUCUACUGCCUUAAAACACUGCCUAAGUCCUGGUUUUUUAAUGAACCAGUCAGGCAAACAUAGCGUAGCAUUGUGGUUUUAGUGUUGUGAAGUAGUUUAACAACUUGAAGUGAUGUUGGUUCCUUCAACCAAGUAAACACUUUAACAGCCUCACGUCUCUUAAUUUGAGAGGAUGAAACAGUAGAAAAUAAUAAAGUACUUGAUAUGUGCCCUUGACAUGUACGACCACUGACUUAAAAUCACUGUGAGAAGGUGAGAAUACACUGUAAACAACAUGGCUCUGGGUGAGGUCAAAGCACCUACAGUAAGACCUUGAGAACAAGGUUUCCUGAAAACAGCCCAUCUCGAGGUUGUCAGGCAGCAUGGGACAUAUUGAUUUAGAGGCUGUAAGAUCCUCUUACCCUUAAGCAGAAGGGAUGCAUUCUUAAGGCGAGGCUCCUCUUUCUCAUCGAAUCGUGAUGUAACAUAUCCACUCUCUAUAUAUUUUCAAUGUUAACAUCCAAAAACAUCCCGUCUUUACCACGUGGGACUGCAAGAAAGGCUCUCCCCUUAUCUUCAGCAUAUUUCAUAAUCUGUAAUAAACAUUUGAAGGUAAA